AUGUUAAUAAAUCGGAGAUAUUCCAAAUUAUUUUAUUAGGGAUUAUAACAUACCCAAUAUGUAAUGUUGAUGUGCAGAGCGUAUUCUAUAUUUAAGUUUAUGAUGACAUUGAUAUUUACACUCACAAUCAACUGCGAAAGAUGCGAGUUGACUAAUUGGAUGUUGGUAGUGCUUGUUCAUUCAAUAAUUGCCUUUGUAUAUCAUACUUACAUGGGUGUUCUCUUAAAUAACAUAGUAAUUAAGUUAACCAUUUUAGUAAAUUGUGAUGUAAAUAGCUGAAAGUUUAAACCAUAUGAUUUAAAUAGAGGAAGAUUAAGAUCAAGUUAAUGAAUUAUCAGAAUCUCAAUAUGUGAUAAAUGAAGAACUUGAUCCUUACUCUUAUUUGAGUCAAGAAGAGAUGGAGAAGAAGUAGAAAGUAUUGGCAGUUUAGAUUAGAUGUGAAGUGGCACUCAGAUAUAAAGUAUUGAGACUUUUGGGAAUCAUUACAUUUUGGAGUACUCAGAUAUUAGUAAUAUGGGCUUUAAGAUUAUAAUUGCUCAAUCCUGAAGAUCCUGAAUUAUAUCAUGCAUGUUUCAGACAUGUAAUUACUUUCUAAUUAGUUUUUUUGUUUUUGACUAUGUACUAAUAUUUAGAAGUGUACAUGGUAACUCUAUUGAUUGUAAUUUGUUUACCUUUCUUAAUACCAGUUAUGUUGUGGCAUAAAUUCAAACAAAAAAAAUAAAACUAUGACAAUCAACAGUCAUUGAAUUAACUUAAGAAGACAUGCAAAAUGCUUUAUCAUUCUGAAAAGAUUCAAGGUGAUCAAGAAUGUGGUAUCUGCAUGCAUGUUUAUGUUACUGAUGAAGAACUUCUUAUAUUGCCAUGUGAUCCAAAACAUCAUUUCCAUCUACAUUGCAUCCAAGCAUGGUUACUAAUAAAUUCCACUUGUCCUAAAUGCAGAGCAAGCUUUCUCAGAUUUAAAUAAUAGUAAUAAUAAUGA